GCCAGUGCAACAGCUCACAAGGAACAAGUUCGAACUACUAGGAUGGCCCAACUCCAUCUGCUGCUCUACUGUGCCACAACUCUGCUGAUUGCCAACGCCCUGGUGCUGACGCCACAACUGCUCAGCGCCGCCGCUGCCGCCUCUGGGGCCGAUAAUGAGCAAGGGGGAAUCAUUGGAAAAUCGAAGACAUCGUCCUAUCCCUUUCCGCUCGACGACGAUGUAGAGGGCGUGGAGCUGCCCAUGGAGGUGGAGGCCCAAGAGGAUCAGGCGCAAACGCAGCGACAGUCGCAGCAGCAGCAGCAUUCGAUGCCACCACCUUGGCUGGAGUUUGCCGAGGAUCCAGUACCGCCCAAGCAUCGCAUUAGCCACAAGCCCACCGUCAUUAAGCAUCCGACAAACGGCUUCCACAAGCUCUCCUCUCACGGCCACCGCUCCUGCUACGUGGAGAUCACCAAGCAUGUGGAGGGCAUCUGCCAGUCGAUGCCCCUUGGCAGUGCCUGUGUCACCGAUGACUACAUGGUCAUCUACAACGAUGGCAACUGCUCCACCCAGUAACCAGUAGCAACCAUUAGCCAGUGUACCAUACGAGUGUCUGUGCCCUAAGUGUCUAUGCGGAUGAGGAGUACGACUACCUGAUGCGCGUUUCUGUGUACUGUUCACAACCCAAAAAAAAAAA